CCCACACCACCGUAUAGCCAAUACACAUUUCACUUCCUCAAAAUCAAACCUUCAUUUAACAUCUCUAACUCAACCUUGGUAAUGGCCACCACCAAGGAAGUCGACCAGCGAACCGGAGCGGAGAUCGUCUACGGAGCCGAAGACUGCUACCGCCACUCCUUGGAGCUCCUGCAAGAACUGGGGUUCCCUAAAGGCGUGCUUCCGUUGAAAGACCUCGUAGAAUGUGGACGGGUUAGGGAAACCGGGUUCAUCUGGAUGAAACAGAAGGCGCCGUACGAGCAUUUCUUCGCCGGCACGAAUACUAAGGUGAGCUACGCGGCGGAGGUUACCGCUUACGUAGAGAAGUUCAGGAUGAAGAAGAUGACCGGGGUUAAGAGCAAACAGGUUUUCAUAUGGGUGCCGAUAACCGAGAUGAGCAUCGACGAUGCUACCGGCGACAAGAUGUACUUCAAAACUCCGAUGGGGAUCGGGAAAUCGUUUCCGGUGACGGCGUUCAUGACGGAGGAGGAGGAGAAGAAGUAUUUGGAGGACAAGAAAGCAAUGAGUGAAAAAUAUUGAUGUUAUUACUGCAAUUUUUCUAAUGUUUUCUUCGAGAA